CUCUCUUGCUUCCGAGUUCUACUCGUCGUUUCAUAGAGUAAGACGCAUUGUCUUUUGCGAACAUGUCCGGUUGGAAAAGCAUCAUUUUUGAUGAUCCGUCGUCUGACCACCCUAUGCUCCCUCUGGUCGUUCGAGUUAUGAAGUGCAUCUACAGCACCGUCGACCCUACACGCCCACCACCAUCUACGGUGGACAACUGGCGGCGUUCGCCAAGCCUUUCCUACAAGGUGCACGAGUCUGGACGUGAGCCGUCAAUUGUCAUCCUCAAUCUCCGAGAAGGUGAAGAGGAUCAUCCACGCAUGAACACCCACUUCAUGAUCAACUUAAACACAAUGUUUAUCUGCGAUAAAUUCAAGAACAAUCGUUUUCCGGCACCCCAGGAGAUUCUUGCUAGUCUAGGAGAACUCCGAGACUACGUGUGGAGCAUUGUCCGAGGAAGGUGGGAAGCGGCGGAGGCGAUACGACGCGAGGAAGUACGUCGUCUUGAGAAGAAGCGAGAAGAACAACGAAAUAGAGUCCAGGCCUUUUGUCGUUGUCUUGUCGAGAAAGGUCUCAUCGAUGAACAUGACUUCUCCAGUGACAGUCUGCAUUGUCCUGUCUGCUCGGCGAAGCAGACAUCGUGCAACAUGUGCAAAAUCAUCUCCUGCUCCAAUAGUGAUUGUAAAGUCUCCUCUGCCAUCCCCAUCGUACAGUGUUUCAAUCACCCCAGCAACAAUAUCUGUAUUUCAUGUUUGGAGCGCCCAGGCUCUCUGCCUCGUCUGGGCGAGUGUCCCUCAUGUGCACACUGGUUCUGUGCACAAGAGCUUGAGUGGUGCGUUGGGCGCCCAAUUUCUAAUGGCAACACAAGUGGCACCGGACCUUCCUCACCGACUAUUGUUGUAACCCGAUUACACUCAGCACACCCAUUUUCCUGCCAGUCCAUCGCCUGUGUGGCGAACACUCAAGCGAGCGGAAAGAAUGGGCGUCGGUGCUGCAACACUACUUGUUGGUCUCGUGUGGGUACCACAGUGUGCCCUGAUUGCAUCACACAGGAUAGCUUCUCCUGCCCAUGUGGUCGAUACUGGACUUGUGGUGGCUGCAUUUCUUCCGCUUGGAUUCUCAGGUGCCCUGGGUGCCACCGGCGUUUCUGUCCGCAGUGUUCAUACAUCGUGGCUUGCGAGGAAUGUAAAGAUGUGGGGUUCUGUCACGACUGCAUGGAGGAAGAAGAGAGCAUUGGCGUGCAGCACGCACAAAGUGCAGACCUUGUCUUCAAGUGCCGGAACUGCAGAGCUUUCCUAUGCAAGACAUGCGUUGGUGUCGAAGAGAAAUUUUGUUAUAAAUGUGACCGAGACCUUUGCAAGCUCUGUGGAGACGACGCAACUACUGGUGAUGAUUGUGAGAUGGUCUGCGAUGAGUGCAGAAAUCCGGCUAGCCAGUACGAUGUUGAGGAGAUGGUUUACUAUGAUGAUUUCUAUUGAUGCGGCACAUCACUACAGAACUAU